AUGCCGCACGAAAAUCUCGACAUGCGUGUAUCCACUUAUAUGGUUACGUUGUACGAUUACAAACUGGCUUGUUCGGCUGGGACUGCCGGGCAGAAUGCGUCACCCGCGCCGGACCCCGACUUUAGUCCGGAAAUGAUCGGCCAGGCACACCAAAUGGUCGACAUCAUUGCUGAAGCCUUUUCUCGUCGAUUUUUCGUGGAUUGGAAUGCAGAGGAUUAUGCGGAGGCUAUCCCGGCGGAAAUCUCUGACCGGACAAUGCCCCGCCUUCAUCGCGCCAUGAAGGAAUUCCCGCCCCUUGAACUUGGCGACGGUAUCUUCACACAGCCCGCCACCGCCAUCGAUGCAGCGGGACAUAUACUGCUUUGGUACCUGCCUGGUAUCCUAACGGCCGCGCAGAAGGCAAGCCUUAUUAAGAUAUGGGAAAAUGCUUUCCUACUCAAUCCCAUGCUCGAGAAGUGUCGUCCGCAGCCUUCGCAAACAUGGCGGAAGCAUCCGGACAACUUCGCGGCAACCGGACAAUGGGAAAGCUUGGACCCCGGCUGCAUAUCUUUCUCUCCGGGUUGGUACCAGCAAGGUCACCAGGUGUCCUCGACGUUGUCAGAUCAACAAUCUCCCGGCCGGGAUUGGUUGCGGGCAAUGACAGAGCAGCACGCCCUCAUUGCAGGCAUGCUCCGGAUAAUUCAUCCGGAGUUGCAUGCUAUGGGCUAUGCGGCCCUCGCCUCAACUCGGAUUUGUCCCAACAUCGCGGACGUUCUCCCCUUGUGGGGUAAUCCAUUCAACGCGAUGUCCGUUAUAACCAACCGCCGAACGCCACUCCACGUCGACAGAAUCUCGGCAAAGGAUUUGUACGAUCUCCUUAUAACAAUUGGGGGGGACGACAACACGGUGUUAGAGCUCCCGACCCUCGGCCUCACAUUGCAGUACGCCGGCGGGGAGAGGCUAUGCGUAGUAUACUACAUGAGGCCCCAAGUGCAUACAUGGGCCAACGUUAGGAAGACCAGUUGGCUAACGGUCGACUUCUAG